CAGGCCGUCAAGAAGUCCAGACGUCGUCAGAGACGUAUUGGUGCCGCAGAGGAGGAUGACAACGCCUCGGGCAUUGUUGUCAAGGAGGAGCCCGCUAACGAUGCCGCUCAUCGGGCAUCUUCUGCUCUGGCUAUGCAGAUCCAGAAUGGUCUCUACAAGCAGGAGGAAGUUUCUGAGCUCGACAACGAGUCCCUCUCGGAGAAGUUCGAUGUCACGAGCGACAUCGCUAGCACCGCCGACGGUGACAGUGAUGCUCUCGGCUACGUUGGAGGCGAUGUGGAGCUUGACGAGUCUCUCAACGAUGGAGAGCUAGGCUUGGGCCAGCAUCCUUCCCACAAGUACUUCACCACCGUUCCUGGUCGGGGUGCCGAUGUGUUCCAAGGUGGCAGCGCUGCCGGCACCAAGGCUUCGACUGCGGUCAAGGAUGAGCCUAGGUCCAUCCCCAACAACCCUCAUCAUGAACACAAGAUGGCAAGCGGUGACUUGUAUGGUGUCAACAACACUCACUUGAACCAGGCCGGAAUGUCCAAUAACAUCACAUUCGACCCCAACCUCUACCAGGCAUACCCGAUGCCUGACAUGUACCAGUUCAACCAGCUCUGGGGUAACCCGAUGAUGCGCCCCGCCCACCAUGGAUUCAACCCCAUCAAUGCCAACCACAACCAUCAGCAUAUGAUGUUUUCUCAGCAGAUGACCAUGCCGAACACAUUCCCCACCGGCCACCAUGACCACGCUCAGGGCUCGGGCGUGUACCAGAAUGGACAUGGGGCUUAGUUGCGUAACUCGAUGGCAUUCCCGCUAGCGGCAUGGGUUCAUCACAAGCCACCAUGGCGGGAACGUUGGGUAUGCGGAUCUGGGGGUUC